AUGACCUGCCCUCAAGUGUUAUCACUCUUUCGAAAUUGUCAUGGAAAAAUGAUAGUCGUGGUGGAGAAAGGAACAGUUCAAGGUAGAUUAGGCAUGGUCAUCGAACAAGUACAGGUCACAACCCCAAGUCUUGAUGACAAAUUCGCAGACGGCAAACUUGUGAGCGACCCAUGGUUCCCUUCCCGUCCAGAAUUCCCUUCCCGUCCACCACAUGUUCCGGAACUGUCACGACCAGUACUUAUAGCGAGAUCAACUCUCACUAGCAGAGUUGAUAUUGAGCCUUUUAGGACGGUUUAUGAUCGUGGGCUCGCUACCCGGUCAUGA